AUGGCCGCCCUCCCAGGAGUCCCAGAGGAACUCCACCGGAGGCCACCUGGAGAAGAAGAUCCCCGGGCAGUAGCAGAGCCAAUAGCAGAGCCGGAGUCUCUUGCAGCAUCGACCAUUGCUUCUCCAUCGCAACUCAGUCUCGAUGGACAUUGGGGGGAGCGUCAGGAGGGCGACCCUGUCUCCCGCCAUGGCGCGAUGGAGGAGUUUGAAGAGAUGAGGAGAGAGUUAACGAGGUUGAGUCUCCACCGAUCUCGUUCCCAAACGAGAAGUGUCCGACGAUAUCGUUCAGGAACGCAGACUCAGGGCGACCUGAAAGAGCAGGAGGGAACCAUCGAUGAAGCAUCUUCCACGUCGACCCGCCAGGAAUUCGAUCUCAGCGAGUUCUUGCAAGGCGGCCAGCUGGAGCGUCGAACCACCGUGGGAGAUCCAGCGAAGAAGGUCGGCGUGGUCUUCAAGAACCUGACCGUCAAGGGUGUGCAAUCGGGCGCAUCUUUUGUCAGGACUCUACCUGACGCAGUGGUGGGAACGUUUGGCCCGGAUCUGUACCACUUAUUGCAGCGGUUCAUCCCCUCCCUGCAUUUCGGGAAGAAACCGCCCACGCGGGAGCUGAUCCACGACUUCAGCGGUGUCGUCAGGGACGGAGAGAUGAUGUUCGUUCUGGGAAGACCGGGCUCAGGAUGUACCACCUUCCUCAAGGCCAUUGCCAAUGAUCGCGCAGCCUUUGCCGGUGUCUCUGGAGAGGUCACAUACGGUGGCAUCCCAGCCAAGGAGCAACACAAGCAUUUCCGUGGAGAAGUCAACUACAACCCGGAAGAUGACCAGCAUUUUCCGUCGCUGACGGUGUGGCAAACUCUGAAAUUCUCCCUGAUCAACAAGACGAAGAGACAUGAUAGAUCCAGCAUCCCGAUUGUGGUGGAUGCGUUGUUGAAGAUGUUCGGUAUUAGCCACACGAAGAACACCUUGGUCGGAAACGAGUAUGUCCGCGGUGUCUCCGGUGGAGAGAGAAAGCGAGUCAGUAUUGCAGAGACUCUAGCGACCAAAUCCAGCGUGGUGUGUUGGGACAACUCGACCAGAGGUCUGGAUGCGAGCACCGCACUGGACUAUGGAAAGUCCCUCCGUAUCAUGACUGAUGUCAGUAAGCGGACCACAUUCGUGACUUUGUACCAAGCAGGAGAGGGUAUCUACGAGCUUAUGGACAAGGUCUUGGUCAUCGAUGAAGGACGAAUGCUCUACCAAGGCCCUGCGAAUGAAGCCAAGGAAUAUUUCGUUAACCUGGGAUUCUACUGCCCGCCCCAAUGGACUACUGCUGACUUUUUGACCUCACUGUGCGAUCCAAACGCACGCCAGUUCCAACCGGGCCGGGAGGCUUCCACCCCGAAAACUGCAGAAGAACUAGAGAAAGUCUUCAGGGAGAGCGCUGCGUAUACGCGUCUCCUGGAAGAUAUCGCAGACUAUGAGAAACGUCUGCAGGAUACCAACCGCGCUGAUACUCGACGUUUCGAGCAAACUGUUGUCCAGUCCAAGAGCAAGACAGUCUCAAAGAAGUCGCCUUACACCGUCUCGUUCAUCAGACAAGUACUAGCAUGUACACAGCGAGAAUUUUGGCUCAUCUGGGGAGACAAGACCUCGCUUUACACCAAGUUCUUCAUCAUCAUUUCCAACGGGCUGAUUGUCAGCUCUCUCUUCUACGGCCAGUCCCUCGACACCAGCGGUGCCUUCUCCCGAGGUGGUACACUCUUCUUCUCGGUCUUGUUCCUUGGCUGGUUGCAAUUGACCGAGUUGAUGUCUGCGGUAUCAGGACGAGUUAUUAUCAAGAGACAUAAGGACUACGCCUUCUAUCGCCCCUCGGCUGUCUCAUUGGCUCGUGUCCUGGUCGACUUUCCCAUGAUCUUCGCAAUGGUAGCAGUCUUUACGAUCAUUGUGUACUUCAUGGCAGGGCUAGAUGUUGAUGUCUCAAAAUUCUGGAUCUACGCACUAUUCGUGUACACGACCACCUUCUGUAUCACGUCAUUGUACCGAAUGUUCGCAGCUCUGUCCCCGACCAUCGACGAUGCGGUUCGCUUCAGCGGAAUUGCACUGACUCUCCUGGUCAUCUUCAUCGGAUAUGUCAUUCCGAAACAAACGUUGAUCGCAGACUCGAUCUGGUUUGGCUGGCUGUUCUACAUCAAUCCAAUUGCGUACAGUUACGAGGCAGUCUUGACAAAUGAAUUCUGGAACCGUGAGAUGCCAUGCUCUCCGUCGAUGCUCGUGCCUCAGGGCCCUGGUGUCGAUCCACGCUACCAAGGCUGCUCUCUGCCUGGGUCACAGCUCGGUAGCACGACCGUCUCAGGAAGGAAUUACCUGGAGACUUCGUUCCAAUUUACGAGACAUCAUCUCUGGCGUAACUUUGGCGUGGUGAUUGCGUGGACGGUUCUGUACCUGUUGGUCACUAUCAUCGCUACGGAAACACUCUCGUUUGUGAGCGGUGGCGGUGGAGCAUUGGUGUUCAAGAAGACGAAGCGUGCCAAACAGUUGACCAAGCACGGAAGCACCAGUGAUGAAGAGAAGGUCAAAACUGGAGAGGUUGGAGCUUCCACCCGCGAUGCUUCACCCUCUUCUGGCGACAAUGGUCUCAACAGUCUUACUUCUAGUGAUCGCAUCUUCACGUGGAGCAACGUUGAGUACACCGUGCCGUAUGGAAACGGAACCAAGAAGAUUCUGAACGGCGUUAACGGUUACGCUAAGCCGGGUAUUAUGAUCGCUCUGAUGGGUGCCUCGGGAGCAGGAAAGACAACGCUCUUGAACACUCUUGCCCAACGCCAGAAAGUGGGAGUGGUAACCGGUGAUAUGCUCGUUGACGGUCGUCCCCUGGGUCCGGAAUUCCAGAGAGGAACCGGUUUCUGUGAGCAGAUGGAUCUUCAUGAUGGCACUUCUACGAUCCGGGAAGCUCUGGAGUUUUCUGCCAUCCUGCGACAAGACAGAAAUAUCCCACGCCAGGAGAAGAUCGAUUACGUGAACAGGAUCAUUGAGCUCUUGGAGCUUGGGGACAUCCAAGAUGCCCUAAUCAGCUCUCUCGGGGUCGAACAGAAAAAGAGAGUCACAAUCGGAGUUGAACUGGCCGCUAAGCCAAAUCUUCUCUUGUUCCUCGACGAGCCUACUAGUGGUCUGGAUAGUCAAGCGGCUUUCUCGAUCGUGCGGUUCUUGAAGAAGUUGACUCAAGCGGGCCAAGCUAUCGUGUGUACCAUCCACCAGCCGUCUUCGAUGCUCAUUCAAGAGUUCGACAUGGUCCUCGCUCUCAACCCAGGUGGUAACACGUUCUACUUCGGCCCCGUUGGUAAGAAUGGCUCAGCGGUCAUCAGCUACUUUGCGGAACGCGGCUUUGUCUGUCCGCCGUCCAAGAACGUUGCCGAGUUUAUCCUUGAGACUGCAGCAAAGGGAGGCAAGGGAAAAGAUGGCCGACCAGUCGACUGGAACGAGGAAUGGAGAAACUCCGAGCAGAACCGUCAAGUCCUGGCGGAGAUCCAACGUAUCCGAGAGGAGCGCAGCAAGCUUCCUGCGCCCGAGGCUGGCAAGCAAUACGAAUACGCUGCUCCUGUCACCACGCAAACUGUCAUGCUUACCAAGAGACUCUUCUUGCAGUACUGGAGAGACCCCUCGUAUUACUAUGGAAAGCUCUUCGUUAGUGUGAUCGUUGGUAUCUUCAACGGAUUUACCUUCUGGAUGCUCGGAAACAGCAUCUCCAGCAUGCAGGAUCGCAUGUUCUCGGCCUUCCUGGUCAUUCUGAUCCCACCGAUUACCAUGAACAGUAUCGUCCCCAAGUUCUAUAUGAACCGUGCGCUCUGGGAGGCUCGUGAAUAUCCGUCCCGUAUCUACGGAUGGAUCGCGUUCUGUACUGCAAACAUUGUCUGCGAAAUUCCAGCCGCCAUCGUCACAAGUGUAGUGUACUGGUUGCUGUGGUACUACCCAGUCGGUCUCCCAACAGACUCAAGCACAGCCGGUUACGUUUUCCUGAUGACGAUGCUUUUCUUCCUGUUCCAAGCAAGUUGGGGACAGUGGAUCUGUGCCUUCGCACCAUCCUUUACUGUCAUUUCUAACGUCCUCCCCUUCUUCUUCGUCAUGGUCAACCUCUUCAACGGUAUUGUCCGUCCCUACAGCGCGUACCCAGUAUUCUGGAAGUACUGGAUGUACUACGUCAAUCCAAUGACGUGGUGGCUCCGUGGUGUCCUGUCCAGUAUUUUGCCAGGCACCCCAGUCGUCUGCUCGUCUCAGGAAGCCACUCACUUCAACCCACCUCCAGGCCAGACCUGCAGUCAAUAUGCCGGUCGCUUCGUAUCUGAGAUCGCCCGUGCCGGCUAUCUCAGCAACCCGGACGCCACUUCUGACUGCAGCUACUGUGCCUAUCGCAACGGUGACGAGUACAUGCACACCCUGAAUGUCCACGACGGCGACAAGUGGCGCUGCUUCGGCAUCGUCCUCGGCUACUGCAUCAUCAACUGGAUCCUGGUGUACUUCUUCAUUUAUACCGUGCGUGUCCGCGGCUGGUCGUUCGGUAUUGGCUACAUCUUCGGCCUCCUUGGCAAGGUGAUCGAUGGCCUCAAGAAAGCCGUGUCCAAAAUUACCACCAGGAAGUCAGAUCGAUCUGAGAAGGUCUGA